GGAUACUAACUAAAACAAGAAACUCCUCAAAAGAAAUAUACGGAGUAGCUCCACGAAGUAUACAGCUGUCUAGGAGGAGCCGUCUAGGAGGUUUCCGUUCCAAUAAAAUUUUAGAAGUAUUUGCCUUUAAGGUUGAAGUACAUUCAGCUAAGAUAAGGAUGCUGGGAUGGAAGGAGGCGUAGGAUUCAUAUGCAUAUCAUGUGUGUAUUGUUUAUAAAUAAACAAAUAAGAAGCAAGUUUGACUUUAAACUUAUCUGAUCAUUUUCGUUUUGUAAACGCUUCCGCAUAUCUUGAAAUAUUUUGUGCUGUAUAAUAUUAAGUGAUUUAUGGUGACUUGAUAUUUCAGGUAUCGAAAAAUAAGUUGACGUUUGAAUAACGAUGAUUUAUUUAAAUACUAAAUUUUGUUUUAAAUAAUUAAAAGUGUUUUAUUUAAAUCUGUUUUGAUUUCUGCCACGUGACACACCGCUCGGGUCGGCGGGGCCGAUUCGGGUAGGGUGUUACAAGUUUGCAGGAUCUGCUCACCAACCAAAUGAUUGGCUAUGCUGAUCAUCAAAGUGGUCUUUAUCUUUAUAGUUCUUCAUAGUAUGCUCUUUUAUCAAAUACUUCUUCUGUUGCUCAUGUUGCUCAUACUCAAUCUUUAGAUAAUAAAUCUGUUAUUUGGCACUAUAGAUUAGGACAUUUACUUUUCAAUAAACUGAAGUCUCUUGUUGAUUGUACUGCUCAUCAUCAUAUCAAUAAAAUUACUUCUUGUGAUAUUUGUCAUUUUGCUAAACAGAAACAUUUACCUUUUCCUGAUAGUACUUCUUAUGCUUCUAAUGCUUUUGAUCUUGUUCAUAUGAUGUUUGGGGACCUUUUAGGAUUCCAUCUUAUUAUGGCUUCAAAUAUUUUUUAACCAUUGUUGAUGAUCAUACUAGAUGUACCUGGGUUUUUAUGAUGAAAAAUAAAUCUGAAGUUAAAACUCAUAUGCUCAAUUUUUAUAAUCUGAUUCUUACUCAAUUUCAUACUAAAAUCAAAAUUAUUAGAACUGACAAUGAAACUAAAUUUAUUUUUCCUUCCUUUUAUAUCGAUAAUGGCAUAAUUCACCAAUUAUCUUGUGUUGAAACUCCUCAACAAAAUGCUAGGGUUGAAAGAGAACAUCAGCAUAUUCUUCAAGUUGCUAGAUCUCUUCUUUUUCAAUCAUGUUUGCCUAUCACUUUUUGGUCUGACUGCAUUCUUACUGAUGUUCAUAUUAUAAAUAGAAUUCCUACUGCUAUUCUUAAUAAUAGAUCUCCUUAUGAAUUAUUAUAUGGUUAACUGCCUGAUUAUUCUCAUCUAAGAGUAUUUGGAUCUCUG